AUGAUUAGCCUAAUAUUAGUUUCUCCUCUCAUCCAUAAUCCAUUAAAGCUUAAAAUUUCCAAAAAUUUCUUUUUAAAGAAAGACCUUCAAAAUUCCAACAAUAAAUUAAUUGGAGUAUUAGCCACAAAUUCCUUAUUAGAAGAACAGUCAGAACAACUUCUUUUGCGUGUUCAUUCACUUUCAUGUCAACUUUACUCAAAAACAGCUCCACACGAAUCAGAAAUUAUUAGAAAGAAAUUGGAUAAAGAAAUGAGAAUGUUUAACACAAAAAAUUUACCAAUUACAAAAUCACAGGCUGAAAUUUCUUUAUUAAAAGAAGAAAAUCUUAAAUUAAAAAGUCUUCUAAAUUCGGUUCAUUCCGAAAUUUAUGGAGCUCGUUUAGCUGCAAAAUAUUUGGAUAAAGAAUUAGCUGGACGGAUUCAGCAAAUUCAAUUGCUUGGUCGCAAUAUGAGAGGAGCUCAGCAUGAUCGUCUUUGGAAUCAAUUAGAAGCUGAGAUUCAUCUUAAUAGACACAAGACAAAUCCCAAAGCCUCUCCUUCCGUCUAUUUUGACAAAAGGGGCGUCGGAAAGACUCGACGCAUUCAUCUCCAUUUGGAAGAUAACGAAGGCCUGGGUAUUUCUAUUACGGGAGGAAAAGAGCAUGGAGUCCCUAUUAUUAUUUCUGAAUUACAUUCUGGGCAAGCUGCAGAAUCAAGUGGAAAUUUGUUUGUUGGAGAUGCUUUACUUUCUGUUAAUGGAAAAAGUCUUAAUAAUUUGAAGCAUUCACAAGCUGUGAAAAUUUUAAAUAAAGAGGUGAUUUUGAAAGUUAAACGUUUAUCAGGCCGACUUUACUGA